AACAUAUAAAAUCACAGAGAUUUCCCACAAAAAUGCUGAGCAGGCGCCCUCGCAGGUUGCCAACGUCGAUUUCCACCAGCAGGACGAUGGUGAAGAUGAUGGAUGUCCAUCUGACCGAUCCGAUCCGAGCAACAUGGAUGUAUACCAAAUAGAGCUGGAGGCACAGGCACAAAUCCGAUCCAAUCUCCUGGUCGAAACCUGUGUGAAGCACUCGUCUUCGGAGCAGCAGCAGCUCCACGUUAAUCAGGAGGACCUUGUCAAGGAUUUCACUCGGGACGCGGAGGAACAGACACGUGAAGAGGGGGCGGAAGAAGAGGACGAAGAAGAGGACGAGGAGGAAGAAGACGAGGACGAAGACAAAGAGGAGGACGAGGACGAGGAAGCCCUGCUCCCGGUGGUCAAUUUCAAUGCAAAUUCAGACUUUAAUUUGCAUUUCUUUGACACACCGGAGGACUCGUCCACCCAAGGGGCCUACAGUGAGGCCAAUAGCUUGGAAUCCGAGCAGGAAGAGGAGGAGCAAACACACCAGCCUCCGCAACAGCACCAGCAGCAGCAGCAUCACCGGGAAUUGGAGGAUUGCCUAAGUGCCAUUGAAGCUGAUCCAUUGCAGUUGUUGCAUUGCGACGAUUUCUACAGAACAGCAGCCCCAGCAGAGAGUGUUGCAUCCAGUCUAGGCCCACAGCAGCAGCAGCAUCAGCACACCCACCAGCAAGAGCAACAGCGGCAGCAGCAGCAGCAGCACCCUGGACAGCAGCAACAUCAGCUCAACUGCACGCUGAGCAAUGGUGGAGGUGCUCUGUACACCAUCAGCAGUGUGCAUCAGUUCGGUCCGGCCAGCAACCACAACACCAGCAGCAGCUCCCCCUCCUCCAGCGGCGCCCACUCUUCGCCGGACAGCGGCUGCUCGUCGGCCUCCUCCUCCGGAUCCUCGGGAUCCUGCGGAUCAUCCUCUGCAUCCUCCUCCUCGUCAGCGGUCAGCAGCAGCAACAGCAGCAGCAACAGCAGCAGGCGCAGCAACAACAGCGUCGUCAACCCCGCAGCAACAUCUUCAUCUGUUGCGCAUCUGAACAAAGAGCAACAGCAGCAGUCACUGCCGACGACACAGCUGCAACAGCAGCAGCAGCAACACCAGCAACACCAGCAGCAGUUGCAACACCCGCAGCAGCAGCAGCAGCAAUCUUUUGGCCUAGCGGACAGCAGCAGCAGCAGCAGCAACAACGGCAGCGGCAACAACAACGGCGUCUCCUCGAAAUCAUUUGUGCCCUGCAAAGUCUGUGGCGACAAGGCAUCGGGCUACCACUAUGGUGUAACCUCCUGCGAGGGUUGCAAGGGAUUCUUUCGUCGCAGCAUCCAGAAGCAAAUCGAAUAUCGCUGUUUGCGGGACGGCAAGUGUCUGGUCAUCAGACUGAACCGCAAUCGCUGCCAGUACUGCCGCUUCAAGAAAUGCCUUUCCGCUGGCAUGAGCCGCGAUUCUGUACGUUAUGGUCGCGUUCCCAAGCGUUCCCGUGAGCUGAACGGAGCGGCUGCCUCCUCCGCCGCCGCUGGAGCUCCUGCCUCCCUCAAUGUGGAUGAGACCACCAGCAGCACACUGCACCCGAGUCACCUGCAGCAGCAGCAUCAACAGCAUCUUCUACAGCAACAGCAAAACCAGCAACAGCAGCAGCCACAACAGCAACUGCAACUGCAACAGCAACCGCAUGUAAGCGGCGUACGAGUGAAGACCCCGAGUACUCCACAAACGCCACAAAUGUGUUCGAUCGCCUCCUCGCCAUCGGAGCUGGGCGGUUGCAAUAGUGCCAAUAACAAUAACAAUAACAACAACAACAGUAGCAGCGGUAAUGCCAGCGGUGGCAGCGGCGUGAGCGUCGGCGUUGUCGUUGUGGGCGGACACCAGCAACUGGUGGGCGGCAGCAUGGUGGGCAUGGCGGGCAUGGGGACGGAUGCCCACCAGGUGGGCAUGUGCCACGACGGACUGGCGGGAACGGCGAACGAGCUCACCGUCUACGAUGUCAUCAUGUGCGUGUCGCAGGCGCACCGCCUCAACUGCUCCUACACGGAGGAACUGACCAGGGAACUCAUGCGUCGUCCCGUGACGGUGCCACAAAAUGGGAUUGCCAGCACAGUGGCGGAGAGUCUGGAGUUCCAGAAGAUCUGGCUGUGGCAACAGUUCUCGGCCAGAGUGACGCCUGGCGUUCAGCGGAUUGUGGAGUUUGCGAAACGCGUACCUGGCUUCUGUGAUUUCACCCAAGACGACCAGCUUAUACUCAUCAAGCUGGGCUUCUUCGAGGUCUGGUUGACCCAUGUGGCCAGGUUGAUCAAUGAGGCGACACUGACACUGGACGAUGGUGCCUACCUGACGCGCCAGCAGCUCGAGAUACUAUACGAUUCUGACUUUGUCAACGCCUUGCUGAACUUUGCCAACACCCUGAACGCCUACGGGCUGAGUGACACCGAGAUCGGACUCUUCUCGGCCAUGGUGCUGCUGGCCUCGGAUCGAGCUGGACUCAGCGAGCCCAAGGUGAUCGGCCGGGCCAGGGAACUGGUGGCCGAGGCGCUGCGCGUACAAAUCCUGCGCUCGCGGGCAGGAUCCCCGCAGGCACUGCAACUGAUGCCGGCGCUGGAGGCCAAGGUACCCGAGCUGAGAUCCUUGGGUGCCAAGCACUUCUCACACCUAGACUGGCUACGGAUGAACUGGACCAAGCUGCGCCUACCGCCCCUCUUCGCCGAGAUCUUCGACAUCCCGAAGGCCGACGAUGAGCUGUAGGAUGUGGGGCGAUGCCCGCGAUUCCAGGGCCGUGCAAGCAAACCGCAAUAAAAACAAAAGAAUAUUCUACCACUUGUAGGCUUAAGCAACGUAGCUAUAGAUCGAAGUGGGAGGGCCGGAGAUCAGAUAAACGUCUACUCAGCAUUACUGGAGAGAUAGUUCACUAAGCAUAUAUGCAUAUUACUAUACUAGCAGUGUUAGAGCGACUAGGACUCCCCGCUGAACAUAUCCAUGCGCAAACAUAAAUUAUUUAUUUCAUUGUUGACUCAUCAAGCUCCACUCCAGGCAUCACAGCAUCAACUCAUCCCCGCGAAAUCCCAACCAAAAUGGAGAAACGAAUCCAUCAAAAUUCAAGGCAUCUAUCCAAGGCAUCUAUCUAUUUAGAACUCGACUGAAGAGCGAGCGUUAAAGUUCGAUUAAUACUGGUUUUUUUAAAUAAUAAUAACUAAUAUAAACGAUAUCGGAUAUGUGUACGUUACGGCUAGCAAUACGGAAAUAGCGUAGUCAAAAAGCAAAAAGACCCACAACGUUCGCUUGCAGUAGUUGGAGAUCCCAUUUGACAUAAUAUGUUGUAUACAUAUUCAAGAUGAUAUGCUUAGUUUAAAAGAUUUUAAAUUGAAGAUCGAUGCGUUUAUUGUAUCUGCGUGUAAAUAAAUUUAAAUUAAUUUCUACCUUUAACUCGAUCCGACUUGAUUAUUUUAAACCCAUCUGCCCACUUGGUUGUCGGAUGAUCAUCACCAGAUCUUCGACGACGACCACCUCCAUUGAAAGUGUUCAGUUUCUUACUUAAGAUCAGACAUUUGACAUUGUACGAUUAAGAUAAUUGGGUUAGAGACCGUCUAAGUUAAGUGCUUUAAGGCUUCAUUUGUAAAACUCGGAACAAUCAAAUUGUUUGAUCAAUUUUUGAAUAGAUUGGUGCUAAAUUUGUGUGUUAAGUUUAUAUGGAAACAAGCGAGGAAAUCGAGGAACCGACAGACAGACGAACAAAAUAUAUGAAUAUAAACAUUAAAAUCGAUCUAUAUAUUAACUAAAUGUAUGUAAAAAUCAAAAGGAUUCUUAUCUAAAAAGCUCUUCAUUGAUUGUUGAAUUUAUAUAGAAAAUUUUGUAAAUUUUAUUAGUGUGACAAAGGAAAAUAUUAAAUGUAGAGGCAGCUGCAAUCAAUCUUGUGGCUGCCGUUUUAUGCUCCAUGUGUACCUUUUGCUUAUUGAACUAGAAUAUCAAAAUCAACAUAGAUCUAUAUACAUAAAUUUAUAGAUUAUUCGCAAUAUAUUAGAAGACACGCAACUUACAAUGCUGUAGCAAUUCUUUCUCCCGAUCCUCAAAGAGUUACCCUCUAUCACAUCCACUUAUAUUUUCGAUCCCCGCACAUACCCAAGAAAUCUCUGUGUUAAUUUUGUAAACCAGUGCGCAUAAUGGAACCUUGUGAAUGUAGCAUUAAAAACGAGAACAGGAGCAACAGAUUUUUAAUUACAUUAUUAACUUAUAACUAACUAUUAUAUACAUAUAUAUAAUAAAUAUAUAGAUACAAUUUUUUACCUACCGUAGCUUUGAUUACAUUUUUCAAUGAUGUGUCAAAUUUUAAAUGGUCUUACCGACAGUCCAAAAUACUCAGCAACUACAGCAGAAAUACAAAAGGUCAGAAGUUACAGCGCAUUAAGAAGGCCAACUUCCUACGAUAAUGGCUAAUGUCCACUAAUCGCUCAACUCGAAUACAGUGCAAAGAUCCAACCAGAUGUAUACAGUAAUCAUAUAUCAAUAUGCAAGACAUUGCUUAGUUGUUUAUUGAUCCAUACCAAUGCCCAAUCUGAACACAUCGCAGAUGAGUCGGCAGUCUCGACCUUGCAAUGCCCUGUACUACGCAAAUUAUUUGAUGGAGGAUCCGUGGUGUGCAGUGUGCAGUAUAGGGCAUAUAGAUAUCAGAUACGAGGCCAGCUCGCUUUACUGAAAACCUAAAACAAAAAUAAUAAAUAGAACAAAACACCAUAUACAUAUACAUAGGCCGGAAAACGAUAAGAAUACUGCAAAAACUAAUUAGAAAGCGAAAUACAUACGCAGAUUGUAAUAAAAUUACAGAAAAACAAACAACAAA